AUGUUCACAUGUCUGCGUGUAAUUUCAGAUUCAGAAGACGGAGCUCCGGUGAUAAUAGAGCACCCUUUGGAUGUGAUCGUAUCGAAGGGCUCUCCAGCUACAUUGAAUUGUGCCGCUAAACCACCGGGAGCACAAAUUACUUGGUACAAAGAUGGUCAGCCAGUAACUACUAACAAGGACCAAGUAAAUAGCCAUCGAAUAAUACUCGACACAGGAGCUCUCUUUCUACUGAAAGUCAGCAGUGGAAAAAAUGGGAAAGAUGGCGAUUCCGGAUCGUAUCACUGCGUUGCACGAAAUGAACAUGGCGAGGCACAAUCACGAGAAGGGACCCUCAAAAUCGCAAUGUUACGGGAUGACUUCCGUACCCGACCCCGAACAGUACAAGCGCUAUCGGGUGAUAAAGCCGUUUUGGAGUGUUCACCACCUCGAGGAUUCCCGGAGCCGGUAGUUAGUUGGCGAAAAGAUGAUCGGGAAUUGAAACUGUCGGAAAUCCCACGAAUGACAUUACAUCCGGAUGGAAAUCUUAUCAUUGAACCUGUAGAGCAUGGCGAUUCUGGAACGUAUCAAUGUGUGGCUACGAAUAUGGUGGGAGAACGAGUGUCUAACCCUGCUCGACUAAGCGUUUACGAGAAACCCAAGUUCCUGCCCAAAGAUGUCACAGUCGACGUGGGUUCUUCUGUGCUCUUUGAUUGCCGCGUUUCUGGUGAGCCACAACCUCAGAUCAGUUGGAAAAAGAAGAACGAUCAAAUGCCUGUAGCCAGAGCCUACAUAGCGAAGGACAAUCGUGGUUUACGAAUCGACAGAGUGCAAGUGUCAGAUGAAGGUGAUUACGUCUGUUAUGCGAGGAAUCCGGCGGGUUCAAUCGAGUCAUCAGCUCGCUUGAAAGUUCAGGCACCUCCAACUUUCCAGACGAAACCCGUCGAUCAAACCGUUGCCCAUGGUUCCACAGCUACUUUUGAUUGUGUGCCAAUAGGUCAGCCAACACCGGCGUAUUUCUGGAGUAAGGAAGGGCAGCAGAGCCUACUGUUCCCCGGACAUGUAUCGGCUGAUGGACGAAUAAAAGUCUCGUCAUCAGGCACGUUGACAAUUGCUGACGUACGACCAACUGAUGAGGGUGCAUACGUUUGUGCAGCGAUGAACUCAGCUGGCAGCUCGUUGAGCAAAGCGCUGCUGAAGUUGUCAACUAAAAGAGUGGUUUAG